AGGCGAAGAGUCGAAGACUACCCGAAAGAGUCGUGCUCCACUCAGUUCAGUCUGUCCGCGGGCGUCCGUCAAGCAGACUUCUCCGGCUCUCUUUCUCCCUCCCUUCUUCCUUACCCUCCCUCGUCGUUGGUCUCUCGAGGGCCUCGCGCCUCGUGGAAGACACAUGUCGUCGGCUGGUGGUGCAGCUGCUACCGGUUAAUUCACGUAACCUUGCGCAGUCAACGUUAACUCGAGACUAAGCUCUUCUAGUUUGAUACCAUUCGUCGUGUCGUCGUGUUGUGCCGCUCUUUGCUUAUUAUUAUUAUUAUUAAUUUCUUUCGUAUUUUAUUUUCAUCUUUCGCGCGAUCGGUUCUCAUAUAUGAAAGUGACUCGACACAGUGACAGAGUGCUCGUAGUGCGGCCAGUGACACGCCAGAUUAGCGGACAGGAUGUGGUCGACGAGGCUUCUCUGGGCGAGCCUCUUCGUCGGGCUCGCGAUCGUCGCUUCAUCAACCUGGCACGUCGCCGACGGUUUCAACAUCGAGACGAAACAUUAUGCGGUGUAUCGCAUGGAGGAGAGGUCCAUGUUUGGGUUUGCUGUGUCGACGUAUCGUGACAGAUAUGCCCGCGGAUGGGCAAUCGUGGGCGCACCAGAGGCUGAAACUGCGCAAGUUGGCGUCUACCGAGGAGGCGCAGUCUAUAAAUGCGAUAUCGCGGCUGAUGAUAGAUGCAACAUAAUCCAUUUUGACGAUAAAGGACAUAAUCACGUCAGAAAUCCAAAUCUCGCUGGUAGCUUGAGUCAGAUCGACAAUAAGACGCUGCAGUGGUUCGGUGCUACGGUCUCAGCUUCUAGCAAGGACGGAGGUCCGAUUCUGGCAUGUGCACCCAGGUACAUCUGGUUCUCGGUGUCACAGCCAAAGUAUGAUGAUAAUAGAUGGAAUAAGGAGUCUACAGUGGGCAAUAGGAGAGAACCAGUGGGCACAUGCUGGGUCGCCUCUAAUAACUUCAACGAGUCGCAGGAAUAUUCGCCUUGUCGUACGAGGUAUUGGGGCUAUCACAGGCAGGGUUCUUGUCAAGCUGGUUUAGGAGCUGCGAUAUCCAAGAAUGGCGAGAGACUUUUCAUAGGAGCACCAGGCAGUUAUUACUGGCAAGGUCAAAUAUACUCGAUCGCCGCCGCCAUGAGGUUGAAGUUCGUGGCGACGAUGUUAAUCACCGAAGCCGAAGCAUCAGGACAAGCGUUUUCGCAACCCUUGAAUAGCCGAUCGAGAAUCAUGUUCACCAAAGAAGGUCCUGCGAAGGAGGACGAUAGUUACAUGGGUUACUCCGUCGCGACAGGAGAUUUUGUUGGAAACGGAGAUAGUGGUACCGCGGUUGGCGUCCCGCGCGGUUCCGAUCUUCUGGGCAAGGUCUUACUUUUUACAUCGAAUAUGACGAAUCCUCGAAAUCUUACUGGCGAACAAAUGGGCGCUUAUUUCGGUUACGCAGUAGCUGCCGGCGAUAUAGAUGGGGAUGGGUUGGAUGACCUGAUAGUCGGUGCACCCAUGUAUACAGUCCCAGAUAAUCCGGAAAUGACCAUCGAAACUGGAAGAAUUUACGUUAUCUAUCAGGGUGAUGGUGUGGAAAAGUUCCGCAAAUUCGACACAAGGGACGGCGAAAGCAACCGCGGACGUUUCGGUUUGUCGCUGGCCUCUCUGGGGGACAUCGAUCGUGACGGUUACGGUGACUUCGUCGUCGGCGCGCCCUAUGCUGGUCCAAACGGUCGCGGUACCGUCUACAUUUAUCAUGGUUCACGGACCGGAGUACUGGAAAAGUAUUCCCAAGUAAUCCACGCAGAGGACCUGGACAAUCCGGUGCAGACCUUCGGAUUCUCUGUAGCCGGUGGCCUUGACCUCGAUGGCAAUGUUUAUCCAGACUUAGUAGUCGGUGCAUACGAGUCGGGAGCAGCAAUGUUUUUCAGAUCACGACCGGUAAUCAAGAUGGACUCGUAUGUGUCCUUCGACUCCGAAUCCAAGUUGAUUUCCUUAGACAAUAGGAACUGCACACUUUCAGACAACAACAGAGUCACGUGUUUUCCACUUAGAGCUUGCUUCAAGUAUACAGGGGAGGGUGUUCUUGUGAGGCACAAUUUCAACAUACAGUAUGUACUCGACGUAAAGAAGACAAAGAAUCCGAGACUGUUCUUCUUAGAGUUGGAGAACAAAAACACGAUGAAUCACACAAUCUCGGUAGAACGCGAUCGCCAGUUCUGUCGCACAGUCCAGGUCUACGUGAUUCCUAAUAUUCGUGACAAACUAACGUCGUUGGAUGCCGAGAUGCGCAUGAGUCUGGAGGAAGAACGGAUUCCUGACAAUCGCCAUCGUGAUCCUAGAAUGCCAUUGAGACCAGUUCUCGGCGCGACAACCUCCAGGAAGGAUACUCUCUCUAUCAGAAAGAAUUGCGGAUCCGAUAACAUUUGUAUACCCGAUUUACAACUCAAAGUGAGACCCAACGUUGGCAGAUACUUGUUAGGAUCUGGUAAAAGGCUUGAACUCGAAGUCUUAGUUGAAAACGCAGGCGAAGAUGCAUUCGAGGCAACAUAUAAUCUGCAAUUACCGGCCGGUAUCGAUUACAUCAAAAUCGAACGUAUAGAAACCCUAGAAAUUCCUGUUCACUGUUCUGCGCCCAAACAAUCGAACAAUAAUACUUUACGUUGUGAUAUCGGAAAUCCACUGCCGCAGAGAAAGCUGGUGAAAUUUAAGGUGUUACUUCAGCCUGUGACGUCUCACGGCAUGAAACCUAUCUACGAGUUUAAUAUGCAUGUUAAUUCUACGAAUCCUGAAGAUCUCAAUACUAUCUAUGAUAACAAAGAGUACUUGUCACUGCCGAUCUGGAUAGAGACAGAUUUACGCGUCGACGGUGAGAGCAAGCCCAAGGAUCUGUAUUAUAACCCUGACAAUUACACUGCCGCAAAUAUUACAACGGAGCUCGAAUUGGGGCCAGCGGUGACGCAUAAUUAUACCAUUCGCAAUCAAGGUCCAUCGGAUAUCGUCGAAGCAGAAGCGUUCCUUGUAUGGCCUGCGCAGACUUUAUCUGGAAAGACACUGAUGUAUUUAUUGGAGCAACCGGAGACUGCGGGUCCGAUCGCUUGCGAAUCUGCGAAUGCAAAUUAUCUCAGUUUGAAGUUGGAUCAGCGCAAAAGAGUGCACUUGAAUUAUCCUGAUUACUCCGGCGUAAUCUUAGAUGAAUCGCAGUCAGGCAGAACAAUCAAUGUUCAAAGAGGCUUUGAGAUUGAUCGUAACAAAGUGAAUCAGAAGGAAGAAGCCGAGAUUAGUAGUGGCGAUAGUUCGAAUAUUCAGAAAUCACGACACUCCUCCUCUUCUUCAUCAUCGUCUUCUUCCUCUUCUUCUAGUAUUACCGAGACUAGGAGGAUUCAGCUAAACCCAACGGGAGAAAAACCCGAAGUACUCACUACAACGUAUACGCACAAUUCUUCUGGAACUAACUCGAUCGAUAGCAGUAACUUAUCUAAUAAUCGCGGCGGCGUUGUUUUUCACACGGAAUCAAGCGGUAAUUACGGUUCCACUACUUUAGGUGGAGGGUUCCGUGAAUCUGAAGAAGGAUCCUUUGGUUCGAGAUUGCCCGAUCUCGAACAGUCCUAUGGAACACGUACGAACCAAUCUGUUAGGGUAGAAAACCGUUGGAAAGAGAGCGAUGAAGCGCCAGGACACACGAUUUCACCUUCAGGAAGAUACGAUUCAAUUAUUACAGAAAGCGAAAGGAGAUACCAGGAACUAUUGAAACAGCAGGAGGACGCUCGUCUGCGUCAGGAGGAGGAGACUCGACAAAGGAAGCUUCAGGAAGAGCUUCGUCUGCGACAGGAGGAGGAGACUCGACAGAGGAAAGUUCAAGAGGAGCAAGAACGUAACUUUGCCCUACAACGUCAUCGAGAAGAGUUAGAGCGACGUCAGCAGGCAGAGGAACGAAGAGAGGAAUGGCGAAGAGAAGAAGAAGAACGACGAAGACAACAAGAGGAAAGACGCCUGCAGGAAGAGAGAGAACAUAGCUAUGACGCGGAAAGACGCUAUGGAGCGACUACGGGUGGGCAUCCAUCUACGGAAGAUGAUUUCAUCACUGGCGACCGCGAAGAGACAAUCGGAAGUCGAGAAUUUAAUUUGCACAAUGUCAGCUCCACGCAAGAAUUGAACCGAAUCUUUGGCACAUUGUCGAAGGAUGCAGCUGGUUAUCAAGUAUAUAGUAGACAGGGACAACAGUAUGUACAGUUCAAGGCAAGAUUCAGAACAUCUGCUGAUAGGAAGGAGUAUAUAGAGUUCCAGGACGGUUCUAUGUUUCCUCUUCAAGAUCGUUAUGGUAGUCAAAGUUACAUCUCGGAAUCCACAGAACCUCGUGACAGUCGAUUCCUAAGAAUAGAAGGUCAGCUAUUUAUUGCUCCGGAUAGUAAAGGUUACAUUGUGUUGAAAGAUGGCCGAAGAUUUCCUCUUCAGGGUUCUUUCACGCACACAGAGGAAAGAACGUACACUUUACAUGGUUCGCAUGAUGACUAUUUAGGUAGCAAUGCUGAUAAUCAAGGUCAGGGAACUUACAGUCAAUCUUGGCGUGAGGAAUCAUCCAGUGCAGCUUCGGAUGGAGGUUACGAAAGCAGAUAUAAUACUCGUACACAUGAAGAGAAACGAACGGAAGAGAAAACGAGCAAUACCAGAGUCUACGGAAGAAACCGUGAUCGGUUUAACGAUGAGUUUCCCACUGACAGACCCGAUUUUCCAAGCUCGCGAUAUAGACGCGAGAGCGACAUGAUCGAUAUCGAGGAGUUCAAGAAAUUCGAAUGGCUUCACAGACAUCGACGAGAUCUCGACGAGACGGACGAUCCGUCAGAUGCAACUACGUUCCAAGAUGAUGAUUAUUACCAGGAAAACGAUCCCGAAUUACAGAUACCAGUACGACCGUGCGAUUCAGCAAAGUGCGUUAUGUUGCGAUGCGUAUUAGGUCCAUUGAAGAAAGAUCAAGAAGUAUGGAUUAGUGCGAGGUAUCGCGUGGAUGCUAGGACUUUGAAGGAAGUAGCUCUUGAAGAGAAAGUGAAAGUGUCAACGAAGUUGGUGGCGCGCAUUAGAAGCGAUGAAGUUAUGACGAAUAUCGAACCUAGCGCGUCGCCUUCUGCUCCGGAUAUGAUUCCAAUAUGGGUGGUAGUUCUAUCGGCCUGCGCGGGAAUGAUUAUCCUCUUGCUACUCAUUUAUUUGCUUUAUAAGUGUGGUUUCUUCAAGAGGAACAGACCUUCCGACGCUCCAGAGAGACAACCGCUAAAUCGAAACGGCCACUUCCAACAAGGCGAGGAUCAUUAAAGGAAGAUUACCAUUCUAUUAAAAGUUUCGAUUUUCUGGCUAUACUAAAUUGAAUCGUAAACGAGUUAAAAUUUUGACUGCGUAGUAGAACCAUGAAAAACGCUUUAGUUCGAAUAAUCGAGGGAACACGCGUUGCAUGGAUUUUUGCUUGGUAUUGUCUGCGAACAUAGUUUCGACUUUUACCGAAUAUCUUGUUAGCGUUCAACAGUGCCUUAAUCCGCGUCUAGGUAAGACGAGAUUUGUCAAGGUACACAGAAACGUUGGUUUUGGAUGAGUGACGAUUGAUUCGUCACUCGUAUACUGCCGUCGAAUACUCCUUCCAGCUCCUGCAGCUCGACCACGCAAGUUUCUAGUCAGGAGACGUUCUUCUUUUUUUUUUUAUUAUUAUUACUUGUAAUUACUUAAGCUGCGCGUACAGUCAGCAGAUACGAACGAAUAUUUCGACAUUCUUCGAUGAAUCGUAUCUUUGUGUAUAUAAGUAAUAUAUGUAUAAUGUUAUUUUUUAUACCGUUAUUCGCGGUAAAAUGCCUUGAUCGUGCCUCGUCGCUUCCGCUGUCUUUUUACAAUAGAGUACAAGUAAUUAUUUUUUUAUCCGCGUUUAGUUGGCACGAACUUUAAAAACGAUUUCAUAUCUCACCGGUGAUUAGAAUUUAGCGGAAUGUAUUCAGUACUGAAAGCAUCAUCGAUAACAUCAUCUCUUCUUCAAGGCCCCUUUCACACGAGUAGUUAUAUAGCCGAAUAUUGUGUCUUACAUUUUAUUGAACAUGUCGUAAAAAAUUCUUCAAUCUUAUACAUGUUUUUUGCAAUUUCAUACUUUUAGAUAAUGUUUUAUUAGCAAUAUAUCGAAUUUAGACUAUGUGAAAGGGGUCUAAUCUUCCUGAAGAGCGAUUUUUAAGUCGCGUGGGACUUUAUAAUUAUUUAUUAAAUUUUUAUAUUAUAUACAUAAUACUGUAACGUAUGCUUGAGCGCUGUAACAAUAGCGUGAUGUAUCGUCACGCGUGCAAGGUGAAUGUGUGUGUACAAUCUGUAAAUUAUUAAUUUACGUUACUAAAAUUGUCCACGAAAAGUGGUUUAACGCAAUAAUGUUUUAAUUAGAAAGGAUUUAUAUCUUUCUAGUGUAAUAGAAAGCUAGAACUGAUUUGUACAUAUAACGUUAAGGUAUAAUAUUAAAAAAAAAAAAAAUAUAUAUAUAUAUAUAUAUAUAUACAUAUAAUGAAAUUAACUAUUUUGCGCAUACUGCUAAUUUCUCCCCUAAUAAGUCUGUGGCGAUCGUGACAAAGAGACUCUGAAUAGGUUCUUUGGCACGAAGAAUAGACACGUAUGACUCUCUUUGUCAAGAUGACCACAGUAUAGUGGUCAGUCUCAGUGUUGUUAUUUAUUAUAUAUGAUAAAAAUAACGAGAGAAAGGAAAAUAUUGUAGCAUAGAAUUGCAUCAAAUUAUGAUCGGCGAGCAACGCAUGUUCGUCUUACAAUUAGUUCAAAGUGUCUCUUAUCGGAAACAUAGUGACCUUUUAUGUAAUAUAUUAAUUCACAAAUUCAAUUUUUUUAUCGCUAGAAAAAUCAGAUUUUUAUUCAGUCACUACCUCUCGAUAAUAGCAAAUCACCGAGAGUAUUUUUAUCAUGCCACUCGAAAUUAGUUAAAACUGUACCAUAUAUUUGUAGAUACAUAUUUGAAAAGUCACUACAUUUUUGAUAAGAGAUACUUUAAACUAAUUGGAAGACGAAACGCAUGCACGUUGCCUGUUGAUCGUUCGUGAUAAUUUAGUGCAAUUCGUAUCAAUGCUACAAUAUUUUCUUUUUUUUCGUUAAUCUCAUCGUCACAUAGAUAACAGCAUAAUAGACAACAGCACCGAGACCAUACUGUAUUUUUUUAAUAUUACAAGAGAUCUCUGUAUUUGUACUUUUCAUAAUACUUUUCACAAAUAAGCUUCGUCUUCUGUAUUCGACUAAUUUUCAAAAAGAAAAAUUACAUUGGA